CCAGCGAAAGUGUCUCGACCCGAACGUGAAGAUCUUCUCUCAAUCCCGACUCAGCAGCUCAAACCGAAUCAUGGCUCGCUUGAAUGUUCAUCUUGUGCUUCUCGUGGCACUCGCCGCCGUCUUCACCCCCUCCGUGAUUGCAGGACGCCACAGCGGCCUCAUUCGCCAGCCCGUCCAUAAACACCUCGACAGCCGCCAUUUCAUCCCAAGGACUUGGGGUGUUGGACUACGACUGUUGUGCAUCCCCGACGUGUCUCAGAUUCUCGAGGAUCACGAGGGACGUCACAAAUGCGCAUACGACCACACCAGUGGAUACCGGGCCGUCGGAGUUGCCUACAACUUGGAUGAUGAUGUCGAUCAGCGCAAGUCCGAGUUGUCGACCCUGCUCGCAGAUUACGAAAAGGUUUACAAAGGAGAGGAUUGUUUGAAUAACCUGCAGAUCACAGCCCUGUUGGCUCUUGAUGCUCAGAGGGCUUUGGACAGAGCUGCAGAGAAUGUGAAGCCCCUCGAUGACUUUUGCUGCUCUGUGCAAGCUGUAUUCGCCGAUGUGCAGCAUUCUGUGGGAUCUGCCGAUAAGUUCCCCAACGACGAUUUGGAGACUUUCAUUGAGAAGGCUGCUUUGAAGGAAUACAAGUCUGCAGCGCAUGCAUUGGAGAGAACCCAGUGGUGUUCUGCUGAGGAGAACAAGAGGAGGUGCGAUGAUAACUUGGAAGUUCUUUCGCAAGGUUGCGACUAAAUCGUUGGAACCAAAAGAGAAAAACUGGUGGGCAGGAGAGAGCUGAUCAGUUCAGCUUCCGGACCGUUGUUGAGAACUUUGCAAUUGGAUUCCAAAGUGCAAUCCAAGACAGUCCACCUAGAAAACUGCGAGCGUUGUUGUUGGGGACAACAACAUUGGACUCUAGUUACGAAAACGAUUUUAGCUGUAGGCUAAACUGUUCUUGACUAGCAGGUCUUGUACAAAUUCUACAUGUAUGAAAGUAGCUUUUUCUUGUGUAAAACUUGUUUUGGAGUUAGAAUGGUAGAACCUUGCUUCGGAGGUGAUACUUCUUGGAUUUACAUAUUUUACGGUUUUUAAAAAAACCGUAAUUCUCGAUGUUUUUCACUCUGAUGUUUUCAAUAGCGACCAAUAACGUAACUUAAAACAUAAA